CAAAGGACCCCAUAGAGACGACCUAUACCACGACGACACGAUCAACUGACUGAUCAGGUCGUCUGAAGCGGAAGUGAGAUCCUCGCUUGCUCUCUCACUCACUGCCAGCCGUCGUAACGAACUGCUCCUCCGACCAGAAGUGGGCGGAGUCCGUCGUCCUCCCCCAACCAAGCAAGGUGCUCCCAGUCCUAACCCGCCACCGCUGCAGUGCAGCUUCGUAGCGGCGGCGGCGGUGGUGGUGGCGGCGUCCGUUCUAGUUCAGGUCCAGUUGGCCCGAAGCCUCCCUCCGACCGUCGCAUCAAUCCUCACGCGUUCAGUUUCCCCCGGACGCUGAAAACGGAGACACUAUGACGGCCACGUCGGCGGACAAGCAGUACUGGGAGGAGUUCAUCGAACUCUACAAGCAACACCCAUGCCUGUGGAAGAUGAAGAGCAAGGAGUACUCGGACAAGGGCAUGCGGAACAGGGCCUACAACGUGUUGGCCGAGAAGUUGCGGGAGAGGGACACGACGGCCACUCGCGUGACGGUGGCCAAGAAGAUCAACAACCUCAGGUCCUGCUUCCGGAAGGAGAUCAAGAAGGUCGAGGCUUCGGUGAGGUCGGGCGCGUCGGCGGACGACCUGUACGUCCCGUCGCUGUGGUACUACGACUUGCUGCUGUUUCUGAAGGACCAGGAGACGCCGGGGUCCUCCACGUCCAGCAUCAAUGAUGAGGAUGACCUGGCACCUGCGGGCAAGGAGGGUAUGUCCUACGACCCAAUUACAACCACAACUCUGUCCCAUAGACAAGAGAGAGUGCCGGAGAAACUAAAAGAACGAGUCUCUGUAGACUAUGGCAGCGACACAAUUGCGGCACCGAAGAGGCACAAAUCCUCUGGAGAAACGUGCCAUACUCAUCCCUGUCAGCCGGCUAGCCAGCAGCAGCAGCAGCGCUGUUGCCUGCAUAGCGAUUCGCCCCUUGCACAGUCCUCCAUAGAAGUCAGAGAUGAGUUCAACAUCUUUGCGGACUACGUGGCGAGCGAGUUGAGGGCUGUGACAGACAGAAAGGCCCUGGCCCUGGCGAAACACAACAUCAACACCAUCCUCUUUGAAGCAACGACUGGGCUCUACAGCAAACAUAAUUCUAACGAUGACUAGGACUAGGAUUCUCAACAGCUGAGAUGGAGUGGACAACAGCUAUGUGUCGGAUGGGAAUAGUGACCAGGAGAGGGAGAGCUGAGUGACUCAGCUAGCAAAGUAGGUUGGAAUGGACAGCAACCAAAGUCCGAAAGAGACUAGGGACCAGGAGAGAGACAGCUGAAUGACUCGGCUACUGCAAGUUGGAAAGAACAACAACUGUGACUCAAAUGGAAUUAUGAGGGCCUAGGAGAUGGACAGUUGAGUGACUCAACAAGUAAAUGUGAGUUAGAAUCUAAAACAACCAUGAGUCAGAUGGGACUAGUGACCAGAAUAGACACACGGCUGAGUGACUCAACGAGUAAAUGAGAGUUGGUGCGCGCAACAGCUGAGAGUCAAAUGGGAAUAGUGACUAGGAGAGAGACAGCUGAGUGAUUCAGCUACUGUGAGUUGGAAAGUACAACAUCUGUGAGUCAA